AUGGAGAAAGGGAACCACACGAGCGCCUCUGAGUUCAUCCUCCUAGGGCUCUCCAGCCAGCCCGAGAGGCAGGAGCUGAUCUUCGGGCUCUUCCUGGUCACGUACCUGAUUGGGGCAGCAGGGAACUUGCUCAUCAUCCUGGCCAUUGGCUCAGACUCUCACCUCCACACGCCCAUGUACUUCUUCCUCAGUAACCUCUCCCUGGUGGAUUUCUGCUUCGUCUCCGCCACAGUCCCCAAGAUGCUCGUGAACAUCCAGAGGCAGACUCAGUUCAUUUCCUAUGGUGGCUGCCUAACUCAGAUCUACUUCUGCAUUUUGCUUGCCAACAUGGACAACUUCCUCCUGACAGCCAUGGCUUAUGACCGCUAUGUGGCCAUCUGCCACCCUCUGCAUUACUCCACUAUGAUGAGUCUGCAAACCUGUGCCCUGAUGCUGGGGAGCUCCUGGCUCAUCGCUAACUUCCACUCCCUGCUACACACCCUCCUCAUGGCUCGACUGGAGUUCUGUGCCAGCAAUGUCAUCCCUUACUUCUUUUGUGACCUCGUUCCCCUGCUCCAGCUCUCCUGUUCCAGCACCCAACUCAACCAGCUCAUGAUUCUGCUGGUAGGAGGCUUGAUCGUCCUCAUCCCCUUCCUUGGCAUUCUCAUCUCCUAUGUCCACAUUGUGUCUGCUGUGCUCAAGGUCCCAUCUGCCAGAGGCAAACAAAAGGCCUUUUCUACCUGUGGUUCCCAUCUCACUGUAGUCAUCCUCUUCUAUGGGACUAUCACAGGGGUCUACCUGAACCCCUCAUCUUCCCAUUCAGCUGACAAGGAUUCACUAGCUUCAAUAAUGUAUAUGGUGGUCACUCCCACGCUGAACCCCUUCAUUUACUGCCUCAGAAACAAGGACAUGAAGAGAGCUCUAAGGAAACUGUUCAGUGUAAAGGCUUUAUCCUGUGGGCUAUGGACAGCAGAGUUCCCCCUCAGGAUCUUUAUGCUGGGAAGAGGAGAAUGAAUCCCAGGGAGAGGCUGCACAUACAGAGGGCAGGAGGAACACAGACUUCAUUAUCCUGGGUUGUCACCAUGGCUAUGGCUCCCUAAGUAAUUUG